AAAAGUUAUAAGCUUAACUCCACCCACAGUCUCCCAACUAACACAUCAAAGGAUUCGUUGUUUACAAACUCCCAUAGGGAUUGCCAGAUAUCAAAGUCUGUACUGGUUGAUACAACCACAGGCCGUUUAACAGCCGGGUACAGUAGGGCUAUUUUAAAUAGCCAGCCAAUCUGCCCUGCUCGUUUACCCUAGUUCCAGUACUUAUUUUAACACGCACUUUCGUUUUGCUAACAUUCCACACGCUUGCAGAACGGCAAUUAAAUAAGAGAGCCUGCACAUUCAUAUCAAACGAUCUUAUGUGCCGGCGUUUCCCUAAUGCCUUUAAAUCGAGUGGAGGCGGUUCCAGUUUGCGACCUAUAAAACAAAAAGACCCCAGUUCUAAUUUUUGCAUAUUUCCGAAGACGGUAAAAACAUGACAGAAAUGGAAGCGGAAAGAAAGAAAAGCGACGGACACCCAGCUGAAGGACCGGCUUCUAUACCAAUGCUGGAUACUGUGAAAAUCGGAGACCUGGACAAACCCCCUAACAGCGGCAAAAAAGUGUCAAAUAAAUGCAAAAUACUCAGCGUGGUUCUGCUGCUGUGUUUGCUGAUCAUAAUUGUAGCGCUUGUGUUUGGACUGAGAUCAUGCUGUUCGAAAGAAGGUGAGAAAAGCUGGGUGGAGGAAGACUGUGAGGAUAUUGAUACACCCCAGUGCCCAGCAGGAUUUUCACAGCCACCUGUCAUUCUAAUUUCCUUGGAUGGGUUCCGAGCUGAGUACUUGCAAACCUGGGGUCAUUUAAUGCCAGCAAUACAUAAAUUAAAAGAAUGUGGAACCUCUGCCCCUUACAUGAGACCCGCUUAUCCUUCCAAAACAUUUCCCAACCACUACAGCAUUGUUACAGGACUUUAUCCAGAAUCCCAUGGUAUAGUGGAUAAUAACAUGUAUGAUGUGAAUCGAAAUGCCACUUUCAGACUUAACAUGAAAGAGAAGUUCAAUCCCAGCUGGUACCAAGGCCAACCUAUCUGGUUGACUGCAAAGUAUCACAAUCUGAAGUCGGGAACAUUUUUCUGGCCUGGAUCAGAUGUUGCAAUCAAUGAGACUUACCCGGAUAUCUACCAGAUAUAUAGCAAGAGCAUACCAUUUGAAGAGAGGAUUUUGAGUCUCCUUAAGUGGUUGAGUUUACCUUCUGAACAAAGACCUGACUUGUAUACAUUGUACCUUGAUGAACCAGAUCACUCUGGGCAUCACUUUGGACCUGUGAGCAAUGAAGUAAUUCAGGCCUUGCUUAGAGUAGACAAGAUGGUAGCAAUGCUAAUGGAUGGUUUGAAACAGAGAGACUUGCAUAACUGUGUAAACGUUGUCCUCCUUUCUGAUCAUGGGAUGGAAGAAGCUAGCUGUCAGAAGGCAGAAUAUAUAUCUAAGUACAUGGAUAAUGUGGACAACUUCAUCAUAAUACCUGGACCUGCUGCUCGGUUACAACCAAAGAAUCUACCAGAGGACUUUUUCACUUUUGACUAUGAAGGCAUUGUGAAAAAUCUUUCAUGCAAAACUCCCGAUCAGCACUUUAAACCUUAUAUGAAACAACACCUACCAAAGCGUUUUCACUUCGCCAACAACAUCAGAAUUGAACCUGUUCAUUUCUAUAUGGAAUCUCAGUGGCAAGCAGCACAGAAACCAGGCAAUCUGAAAGAUUGUACAGGGGGAUUCCAUGGUUCUGACAACAUCUUCAAAAACAUGGAGGCAAUCUUUAUAGGACAUGGACCAGGAAUAAAAUCCCACAAUAAAGUGGAACCAUUUGAAAAUAUUGAAGUCUACAACCUGUUGUGUGAUUUGCUGAAUAUUACACCCGCACCAAACAAUGGAACCCAUGGAAGUCUGAAUCAUAUUUUGAAGAGACCUGUCUAUAGUCCAGUCCAUCCUACAGAGGUGUCAUCGCCUGACAUCUGUUCUAUAACUACUCUGCUGCCGUCAGAUACACUGGGAUGCCAAUGCAGUUCUCUUAGUAAUCCAGAGGUAGAAAACCUGAACAAACAACUGGAACUUAAUGGAGAUCAAGUGAACACAGCAAAUGAACUUCACAUGCCAUUUGGAAGACCAAGGGUUUUGCAACAAAAUGCUAAAUACUGCCUUUUAUACCAUUCUCAAUAUAUAAAUGGAUACAGUCAGGAUUUUCUGAUGCCAUUAUGGUGUGCAUACACUGUGCAAAAACUAGAAAAUGUUAGUUCUUUAAAGCCAGAAAGUGCUGACUGUUUGCGAGCUGAUGUUCGUAUCCCUGCCAGUCGGAGUCAAAGCUGUCUGAGCUACAAGAAAGAUCCUAAUCUUACAUUUGGAUACUUGCAUCCCCCUAAUCGAGGGCCACCCAGCAGAAAAGCUGACUCACUGAUUACUAGCAACACGGUACCAAUGUAUACUGCUUUCAAAGAUAGCUGGAUCCAUUUUCACAGUGUGCUGCUAUUAAAAUACGCCAAGGAAAGAAAUGGACUCAAUAUAAUUAGUGGACCAGUAUUUGAUUACAACUAUGAUGGACACUUUGAUACUCCAGAACAACUUAAACAGAAUGUCACAGAUACUCAAAUUCUCAUCCCAACUCACUAUUUUGUGGUAUUGACCAGCUGUAAGAAUUCUUUCUACCCCCCUGAGGCUUGCAAUGGCAGUUUGGAUGUUUUCUCGUUCAUUAUUCCUCACAGACCUGAUAACACGGAGAGCUGUACAACUGGUACAGACCUGCAGUGGGUGGAAAAGUGGCUCAAGUUCCAUGUUGCCCGUGUACGAGAUAUAGAGCUGCUAACAGGACUCAGCUUUUACCAGGACAGAAGACAGCCGGUCACUGAGAUUUUACAGUUAAAAACAUUUUUACAGACUUUUCAAUAUGAAGAUUAAUUUCCAACGGCAUUAUAUAUAUAUAUAUAUAUAUAUAUAUAUAUAUAUAUAUAUAUAUAUAUAUAUAUAUAUAUAUAUAUAGUAAGACAGCAGGGAGGGGGUUAAAAUCCUCCCUGCAUAAAACACAUGCAUAUGCCCCAGUGGCUAAUUGUUUUAUUUUUUAUUAUCCCCUGCACCCGGUGGUGAUUGAAAAUUAGAACCGGGUGCAGGGUAUUUAAGACGUGCAGCCAGUCUGCACGGGGCGGCUGCUGAGUAGAAGGCAGAUAGUGUGCUCUGUCUUAGCCGUCGUGAGGAAGAUAAGUGCUGUAUUAAACCUGUGUGGUUUUUGUUUUGUGACAGGUAAACAGCUUAGCCGUCCUGCGAGUUAGUCAGGGACUUACCUGUGUAGUCAGCGCUCCAAAAACGGAGUUAGGUGUUUGUUUCUAUAUAUUUUUUAAUGUGCUGCCUGUAAUCAUGAAAUGUCAUGAGGCCAUGGUGUACUGUAGCAGAUUUAUUUUUUUAAUAACCAAUCUGUUACUUUUAUCUCAGGGACACAAUAAAUGUUCAAAGAAAAGGGUGAGGCAGCUCAUUCUUGUCUUGUUUUAUUUUAGUUGUGACUUUUGUUGUUGUUGUUGUUGUUAUAAUUAAUCAAAUUAAAUAUUUUAUGUGGCAGGCAUUUGUUAAAAAAAAAUACAAUUUUAUAUUUCAAAGUUGUUUCAUUUUAUUUUUAUGUAUCAGAAACAAUGUGGUUUAAAUUCAAUAUUAAAGUAAAGCUCUGGUC